GAAGAGAGAAGGGAGAGAGGAUCGAGAGAUAGAGGGGGAAGAGAGAAGGGAUUGGGUCGAUAUCAUUGACGACCAUGAGGUGAUCUCCCAGGCCGUUCCAGACGAGGACCAAGCUUAUCUUGAUGGGCUCGAUAACGUCAAGAUUUAUGACGGUGGAAUGGACCACCUCGUCCAAGCUGCCUUCCUGCUGAUGGAGAGUCACAAGAGGCAGCAGGCGGAGAUUGCUCGGCUGAAGCAGAAGGCUGCUUCGGCUGAUGAGGCACUGGGUUGUUUGGACCGGCUGCGGGCCGAUGUGGAAACCUUGAAAAAGAAGGUUGAUGAUGCCGAUGUGGCCACUCACCAGUUGACCGCCGACAGGGACGAUGCCAUCAAAAAGCUCGCCGAUGAGAAAGAGGCGCAUGAGGCUACCCGUUGUCUUGCUGUUGAGGCCGAGAAGGCCAGGGCUGAGGCCGAGCGAGCUGCUGAGGUUGCUGCAGAGAAAGUCGCAUACGCCGCCAUUGAGAAAUUCUUGGUCGAC